GGGACAGAAGCCAAGGCAGUGUCUAUGCCAGAGAAAUGGAGAGGGAAUGGUGUUUAUAAGCUACAGUACACACAUCCCCUUUGCGAAGAAGGUUCUGCUGGUUUGACUUGUGUGCCUUUGGGAGAUCUUGUUGCUGUUAAUGCAACAUUAAAAAUCAACAAAGAGAUUAAAGGUGUUAAGAGAAUACAGCUAUUGCCAGCAUCCUUCGUUUGCUUUCAGGAGCCAGAAAAGGUUGCAGGUGUUUACAAAGAUCUUCAGAAAUUAUCCCGUCUCUUUAAAGACCAGCUGGUUUACUCUCUUCUGGCUGCUGCCCGACAAGCUCUGAACUUGCCAGAUGUGUUUGGGUUAGUGGUCCUUCCUCUUGAGCUCAAGCUUCGGAUUUUCAGACUUCUGGAUGUUCGUUCACUCAUCUCUCUUUCUGCUGUUUGCCAUGACCUUUACACAGCUUCAAAUGACCAGCUUCUAUGGAGGUUUAUGUAUCUGCGAGAUUUCAGAGAUCCUAUUGCAAGGUCUCGUGACACAGACUGGAAAGAACUAUACAAGAAAAAGUUGAAACAGAAGAAGGAGGCCCUGAGAUGGAGACACAUGAUGUUUUUGCCCCCUACACCUCAUCCAAUCCCCUUUCAUCCCAACCCAUUCUAUCCUAAUCCCUUUCCUCCCAACCCUUUCCCAUCAAACCCGAUCUAUCCCCCAAUGAUCAUUGGUGGAGAAUAUGAUGAGAGACCAACACUUCCAUAUGUUGGAGACCCAAUUAACUCGCUCAUUCCUGGCCCAGGAGAAGCACCAGGCCAGUUUCCUCCAUUCAGACCACAUUUUGACCCAAUUGGUUCCUUGCCUGGAGCAAACCCUACACUUCCAGGACGAGCUGGUCCCAAUGACAGGUUUCCACCUAGACCCAGCCGAGCCCGCCCCAUGGACAUUCGCCGUGCAUUCAUUUGAUUUCUGCUUUUUCCUUCAGUGAGUUUUCUAGUCCCUGAGCUUGCUUUCUAACAGCAGGAGAUUGCAAAUCCCAGGCACUAACAUCUGCCUUCUCUUCAGAUUGUGGCAAGAACAUGUGUGCAUGGUAAAUGUUUCAACCACAAAGGCUGGGUUUGUUUUAUGCUCUGGUAGUACUGCACCACCUAGCACUAAGGUCUAUUUCACAAAGAGCUACAAUUUAGAACAGGUUGUUCUGCUUCCUCCUGCCUCGCCCUUAAUAGUCUGUGAAGUGCUACUUAGAGUCCGGAAGGAUACUGGCCAAAUACUUGCUGCAUCAGAUAAAGAGCACUUUAAAUACAAA